AUGGAUGCAAAUAUAUGUAGGAAUUUCCUUUUAGUAAUGACGAAAUUUCCCGAUCAAUUGGACAGUAAAGGAAAGUAUUAUUUUAAUGAUGAUCAAAAUUUCAAAGAGUAUUGUACUAAUAAUAGUUGUGAUAGUGAUCUCGAAAAAAUUAAUGCUGGAUGUUUAUAUUUUUUUAAUGCAUUCUUUAAGGAUUCUGAUUUGUUUCAAUCUGUUGCAAAAAGUAACAUCAAUAUUGUUGAUUACAUUAUAAUAUGGUUAAGUUAUAUGUUAAACCUAAAGGAAAAUAAUAAUGGAACCAGCAAUCUAACUUAUUUUUAUACUACAAAUAUAAAUAAUGAUAAGUAUACAAAUUCUAUAACAGGUGUUGAUGCUUAUAGUAGUUAUAAGGAUCUUAUAGAUAAAAAGCACGAUUUGACGAAAGUGGAUAUUAAAGAUAUAUCUAAAUUUUAUGAUGUAUUUAAAAAAUUAUGUGAAAUGUAUACUGAAUUUGAUGACGACAAUAAAAAUUGCACAAAAUGUUCGGGAAAAGCUAAAGAAUUUGUUGAAAAAUAUAAAGACCUUAACAAAGAUUAUAAUAACACUAAUAGCAGUUCCUAUAAUAAAAUGUUGUCUACUUUAUCAACUGAUUAUAAUAAUUUAAAAAAUAAAUGUAAAAAUGUUCAAAAUAGCAAGUUUCCACUCCUUCCAGAGAUAAAAACAACACAAAUUUCUGUAAAAAGUUAUGAACAAACUUCUGCACAAACACCUGAAGUUGCAUCAUCAAGCUCGUCGAUAGGAAACAACUUAUUUACAGUUUUAUCGGUAUUUGGUGCAAUAGCAUUAUUUUUAGGAAUCUCCUAUAAGUAUUCGUUAUUUGGACGUCGGAAACGAUCUCAAAAACAAUAUUUAAGAGAAAAAAUAAAAAAUAUAAAGAGAAUGGAUCAUUAA